AUGAUUUUGCCCAAACUUUACGAUAACGUUGGUGACAAUAUUAAAAAUGACAAUAAUAAUAUUAGUGUUCCUUCGUUAGAAACUGAAUCAAAAGGUGAUAACAACGAAGGUGAAAGCGAAUAUGAAGAAGAGAUAACAUAUUUAGUUCUUGACUUGGGAACAGAAGAUAUUAAUAAUGAAGAUGAUAUCAAUAAUGAAGAUAAUAUCAAUAAUGAAGAUAAUAAUAAUAAUGAAAAUAAUAAUGACAAAAAUAAAGAUAAAGAAGACUAUAUUAAUACUCACAAUGACAAAGAAGAAUCAAGUAAUUUAGGUCCUAACAAGGAAGAGGUAACAUAUUCAUUAAUUGGAUUGGACACAGAAAGUCCAAGAUUAUGUAUAGGCAAUAUGCAUUUCAAAGGGGUUUAUGAUGAAUCGGUUGGAACUGAUAUAAUAUUUUUACAAGAUCUUGAUCCAGCAAAUCCACGACAACAAAAACUUGAUUAUUAUUGUCACACCACCAAGAAACUCAUCUUUUCGCGAGUUUCACUUCAAUCUCUCUCUAACACUAAAAAGAUGGAAGAAAUUGAUCAAUGGGAAGAUGAAUAUUAUUUGAAAGAAAAAAACUCUCCAAUUAAUAAAGGAAAAAAUGUUGUUGAUCAGAAUGAAAAUGAAGUUAAUAACAAUAAUAAUAAUAGGUUGCAAGUAGACGAAGAAUUUGAUGAUAUUGUAUAUGAAAGCGAUGGAGAAUUUAGUCGAACGUAUGCUCUAUUAUUUGUUCGACAUUUCAAGACCGAUGCAAAAGCCGUGUCAAAGUAUGCACCACCACCCUCAAUACUGGUGCCCGAGAAACAGUUUAAAAAACCUAGUCUUACAGGGAAAAACUUAAUGAGGUUGCUUACAGAAGAGGAAAUAAAACGAAGACCUCUAAACCGUGAAAAACUUUUUAGAAAAAAUAAAGAAGGGGUUAGGGCGGGUGACGUUCUCCUAGUAGAGAGUUAUACACAUAUGGGAAGCGAAUCAACUUCUACAUUUGCAGGUGUUUGCAUAGCAGUAAGGAGACAAGGUAUCGAUACUAACUUCACCUUACGAAAUAUCAUAAUGAAAGUGGGAGUUGAAAUAAGAUAUUCUUUGUAUUCACCUAUGAUUAAAAAUAUUAAGAUAUUACAAAAAGGUGAAGGGUUUAGAAGAGCGAAAUUAUAUUAUUUGAGAGAACAACCCGAAAAAGCAUUCCAAAUUGGUGGUCCCUUAGAAUAA